AUGAAGCUCUUUGUCCAGGAUUUGAUGGUUGGAGAUGAAGCAAGUCAGUUGCGUUCCAUGCUAGAAAUCAAUUACCCCAUGGAAAAUGGGAUUGUCAGGAAUUGGGAUGACAUGCAACAUCUGUGGGAUUACACAUUUGGACCUGAGAAGAUGAAUAUUGAUCCAAGAGAGUGCAAAAUAAUGCUUACCGAGCCUCCUAUGAACCCUACUCGCAACCGGGAGCGCAUGGUUGAGGUGAUGUUUGAGAAGUACCAGUUUUCAGGGGUGUAUAUAGCCAUCCAAGCAGUGCUGACACUUUAUGCCCAAGGACUACUGACUGGUGUAGUUGUGGAUUCUGGAGAUGGUGUGACACAUAUUUGCCCUGUAUAUGAAGGUUUUGCCAUGCCUCACCUGACAAGAAGAUUGGACAUUGCUGGUCGGGAUAUCACCAGAUACCUCAUCAAGCUUCUGCUCUUGAGAGGUUAUGCCUUCAAUCACACAGCAGACUUUGAGACUGUUCGCAUGAUGAAGGAAAAGCUCUGCUAUAUUGGGUACAACAUUGAACAGGAGCAAAAACUUGCUCUUGAAACCACUGUGUUGGUUGAGCCUUAUACUCUGCCAGAUGGUCGAGUGAUCAAAGUGGGGGGGGAGAGAUUUGAAGCUCCUGAAGCCCUGUAUCAGCCCCAUCUCAUCAAUGUUGAAGGGCAAGGGAUUGCAGAGUUGACGUUCAACACAAUCCAAGCUGCAGACAUUGAUAUACGUCCUGACCUCUACAAGCACAUUGUCCUCUCUGGAGGAUCAACCAUGUACCCAGGUCUACCAAGUCGACUUGAGCGAGAAAUCCGACAGCUCUAUCUAGAGAGGGUCCUCAAAGGAGAUACAGAAAAACUUUCAAAAUUUAAGAUACGGAUUGAGGACCCACCAAGGCGCAAGGACAUGGUUUUUAUUGGAGGAGCUGUCUUGGCUGAAGUCAUGAAAGACAAGGAGACCUUUUGGAUGUCUAGAGAAGAGUACAUGGAGAAGGGGCCUCGUGUCCUUGAAAAGCUUGGUGUCCGAGCCACAUGAGCCUAUAUAUCAAGCUCCUGGACUUCCAGGGAACUGUGUUUGCCAAAGGGACUCUCAUUCCAUUAUUCUUAUCGUGGCUUUGAUAACUGAUUAUGUCUGAAUAAAUCAUAUAUGUGAUGUAUCCUAAAAUGAAGAAUUCUGUAUGAGAGGCUGUCUGAUGAAUGAUAUAUCUGGA